AUGGAGAAAAUCAAGGUCGCCGUCAUUGGCCUCGGACCUGCCGGGUUGACGGCAGUCAAGGCUUUGCGAGAAGAGGGCUUUGACGUCAUUGCCUUUGAGCGCCGUGACAGGGUUGGUGGUGUGUGGUCCUACAGCCAGGAUACCAACUUCACGAUCGUCACAAGGGGCACCGUCGCCAACGUCAGCAAGUUUGUGGCAAGUCUCAAAAGCCCUGAGCUAUCUACCUUUUCUGGCUUUAGCGACUUUCCAAUUCCCGAUGAGUAUCCCCCCUAUAUGACUGGGGAUCAGGUGGCCGAAUACUUUGAGGCAUACGCGCAAAACUUCGGCUUGGAAGAUUGCGUCAAGUUCAAAACAACGGUUCGGCGCGUGCUCCGGGAUGACCAUGACCGGAAAUGGAAUGUCCAUUUCACCAGUGCCGACGGCGUUGACCACGUCAUUGUCGUUGACAAGGUUGUCGUCGGCAGUGGCUCCAACACGACUGCCCUCUGGCCUCCGCUUCCAGGGAGGAGCCUGUUCGAAGGCACUGUUCUGCAUGGGCAGAGUUAUCGGGGCCCGGAGCCGUUUGCUGACCGCAGGGUUCUUGUCGUCGGCAUGGGCAACACGGCGUGCGAGAUAUCGCUCAGCCUAAUCGGCCACGCAUCUAGAGUCUAUCAGUCAUACCGCCGCGGACGCUACCUAGUGCCGCGCUUUCUCGACAGCGGCGUUCCAUCCGACUGCAGCAACCCCUGGCCGAUGCUGUGUCUGCAAGACAUGCUCGACUACCGGCUACCGGGUCUCGCCGGUCCGCUCGUCGAUCGUGACGCGCGAAGAGCCAUGGUAUGUCAUACGGUGAACACUUCUCCCUCAAUUGCCAAACUUGGGGGCCAUUCGGAUAGGGCCAAGCGGAAGCGAGCUGAGGAACAGAUAACGAGGUGCUGGCGUUUGCUACCCUGCGCCAGCAUGGCACACGUCCACCCGAUAGCCCAGGAUCACUUUAUUCCAGCUCUUCAUGCCGGACACGUCAUCCCCCUGCACAGCUUCGAGAGGUUCGUUGGCGCGAGCGCGGUUAGGCUCAACAACGACACCGACAUCGAGGUCGAUGCCGUCAUCUUCUGCACCGGCUACGCGCUCGACUUUGGCAUACUUCCUGAGUUAGAAAUGGAUGGUGCGUGCGGCCUGCCACUUGUGACGGCCGGCGAGGUGUUUGGCGCCGAAACAUUGGUGAAAGGGCCAGGAGAAGACUCUAGCACAGGCUCAGGUGCAACGGGCAAAGAGCCUCACCUUCCCCGACUGUUCCACAACAUCUUUCCGCCGCGAUGGGCUUCGUCUUUAGCCAUACUCAGCUGGAUGUCGCCAAUACAAACGGCCUGGUGCGUAGCCGAGCUUGCGUCCAUGGCCGUGUCACAGCUCUGGGCGGCCGAGGCGGAACGCGAGCGGGGCCUCGGGCACCCUCCGAUCUCCGUUCGCGGCCGUCAUCGGAAGCCCGCCAGGCUACCGUCCGAAGCCGAGAUGAACGCGGCGGUCGACGGAUACCACACCUGGUGGCGCCGACAGCGAGCCAAGGAGCCAUCCGCGCAUCCCGGUCUCGUACGCACCCACACACUUUACCGCUUUCUCCAUAACAAGGCUGGCACUGGUAUGUACGAUCACCUCGACCAUCCCUUCACGCUCCGCGGUUGGCAGCUGCGAUGCAAGGACGGCCAGCUGUUCCGGUGGUUGGCAAAGGGACCGGCAAACAGCUACGCCUGGCGCUUAUUCGAGACGAACCCUGCAGGGAUCCCCGGAUGCGGGAGGCGGACCUGGGUCGGUGCGCGAAACGCCGUGGAAGACGCGUACGUCGUAUAUGAACAGUACAAGCGGGAUGUGGAGGACCAUGAAUUGCGAAGACGGGCCACGGAGGGGACGGCGUGCACAGUCUAG